GCGGGAAUGCACCUUUUAAGUUGAUCUGCCAACCACCAUUAAACUCCAGAAGAAGAAAACAGGAAGUAGUAGUGCCAUCACACAGCUUUCAGUCUCCUGAGGUGAGGGAUUUUCAUGGCCCUAAAUGAGGUGGAGGUGGUCAAAUCCUGCUCAUGUGCACACACACAGAGGUACCGCAUUUCAACUGGCUGAAGAAAACACAUUUUACAAGCACAUAUUUGAGAUCUGCUCCUCCAACCACACAGGAAUUCACCAACAGUUCAGCCUUUCCCACAACAGUUUAUGAAAGAAAGUCAAAAACAUGACUGAUCCAGAACCCAGCAGAAUAAAACGGGAAGAUACUGAACAACAAAUAGACCUGAAAGAAGAGAACAAGGAGAUUGAAGAACUGACUGAAGUGGAAGAGAAACAUCAUGUAAAAACUGAAGAAGCAUGCUGGAGUCCCUCAUUGAAAAGAAGAGAUGAAAUCUGUUUCACUUGCUCUCAGUGUGGAAAGAGUUUCUCAUGCAAGCAAAGUCUUGAUGUUCACAUAAAAUUUCAUCUUGAAGGGUUUUCAGAUGACCCGAAGGACCACCUGAAAGUUUAUACAAAGGAGAAGCCUCAUGUAUGUAAUUUAUGUGGAAAGAGUUUUAUUCAGAUGGGUACAUUAAAAAGACACCAGAAAAGACACAGCGGUGAGAAGGAUCAUGCUUGCCCUGAAUGUGGGAAGACUUUUUUUACAGAUGGUGCACUGAAAGUGCACCUGAUAGUUCACACUAAAGAAACGCCUUACAAGUGUUCACACUGUGACAAGAGAUUCAAACGGUCAAUAUAUGUGAAAAGACAUGAGAGGAUCCACACUGGAGAGAAACCAUACUCGUGUGAGCAUUGUGGGAAGAGUUUCGGACGAAAAGUACAUCUUAACAAUCACAUGACAAUCCACACUGGAGAGAAGCCACACACUUGUGAUCAGUGUGGGAGGGGUUUUACACAAAAAGACCUCCUUAAUGUUCACAUGACAAUCCAUACUGGAGAGAAGCCGUAUACAUGUGAUCAGUGUGGGAAGAGUUUCAGAAUAUCAAGUGUUUUUAGAGGUCACCUGCUUAUUCAUUCUAGUGAAAGACAAUAUAACUGUGACCAGUGUGGUAAACAUUUCUUUAGGACAGGUGCCCUAAAUAGGCAUCUAAAAGUUCAUACAAGGGAGAAGCCUCAUGUGUGUUCUUUGUGUGGAAAGAGUUUUAGUGAGCGGGAUGCUUUAAAAAUACACCAGAAAAGACACAGCGGUGUGAAGGAUCAUAUUUGCUGUGAGUGUGGGAAGGCUUUUUUUACAGAUGCUGAAGUGAAAAAGCACAAGGAAACUCACACUACAGAAACACCUUACAAGUGUCCACACUGUGACAAGAAAUUCAAACGGUUAGUAUAUCUUAAAGUACAUGAGAGGAUCCACACUGGAGAGAAGCCGUAUCACUGCCAUUCAUGUGGCAAGAGUUUCACUCAAUUAUAUUCUCUAACCUAUCACAAAAAAAAGAUGCAUGUCUGAAAUUACAGUAAGUAAUUUAAAUGUUGAUCUGUAGUCCCAGGUGUGAUGCUGUGUAGAGCCACAUCAAGCGAUUCUUUUGGUAAUCAAUUAAUCAGAGAUUAAUUGAGAUGAACUGAGAUUACAAUGAUUGACUGAUUGCUGAUUAUUUCAGAUUUAUCAGUAGCUUUUAUUGAUUAUUCAACUUUUGUAGUUUGUUCAAAUGUUAUAUCCAUUCUAACUAAUAAAUAAAACAAGGAAAUCACUUGGAAAUGUCUUUUUAGUAAACUGAAUUGAUCUCCUUCAGGUUUUCUGUCCUGCUCAGAAGUCUUCAAUACACCAACUUUGCUUAGAACUGAAACAAAACAAAAACAAAAGGGUAUUUAUUUCAGAACACAUAGGAAACUAAAAUGUUUAUCUACAAACUAUCUUUACUUAAAUAGAAUUGCACAAACUAUUAAAUUAUUUAUUACAGUACAAAUAUUU